AUGAUGGAAGUUACAGCGCGUCACAUCUCUUUUCUGCAACUUUCUUGGACGACAUUUCAGUCAGUUUUGAUUGUAUUUAUCAUAGCAGUAAGCGGUUUCCUAUCUGCUUAUGCAGGCAUAUUACCAAAGGAAGGCCAGAAAAUUGUAUCAAUGCUGAAUGUCAGUUUAUUGACUCCUUGCUUGAUCUUUAGUAAGCUUGCCCGUUCGUUGUCCUUCGGAACUUUGAUUCAGCUUUACGUGGUUCCAAUAUUUUAUACAGCAUUAGUGAGUACUUCGUAUUUCAGUGCUUCACUGGUGUCAAAGAUUCUUAAAUUGGAUGGGGAUGAAACUAAUUUCGUUAUUGGAACGUCAGUGUUCCCGAACAGUAACUCAUUACCUGUUUCUCUGAUGAUGUCGCUAGCAUACUCGCUACCCCAACUUAAAUGGCCUGAGCUUCCCAACGAUUCUGGAGAUAACAUUGCAUCCAGAGGUGUCCUUUACUUAAUCAUAUUCCAACAAAUCGAUCAAACGUUGAGAUGGUCAUGGGGUUUAAAUAAGCUAUUGAGAUGGUCUACUGAAAUUGAGUUGAGCAUUGAAGACACAAUGGAACAGAAUGCAGAUAGAUUGUUAACCAGAGGAUCUGAGGACGAAGCGAACAACUUGACUAAAGUAGGCAGCAAGUUAAGAUAUCAUUGGAAUAAUUUGCUAUCAUGUAUGAAUGGUCCAUUGUAUUCCAUUAUGUUUUCCAUUCUCGUGGCGUCAAUAAGACCAUUGCAAGAGCAGCUGUUUGAAUCCAACGGCUUUCUGAAAAAUACACUAACGUCAGCUAUAGAUCAAAUGGCUGAUGUUUCUAUCCCUUUGAUUCUUGUGGUGUUGGGUGCCAAUCUGUGCCCUUCAUCUACAACUCCCUUGGGAACGCAUAAUCGCAAGAGAAUAGUUUUAGCAUCAAUCAUUUCAAGAAUGAUUCUACCAGCUCUUAUUUUAUUGCCAUUGCUUGCAUUUACAGUGAAAAAACUGCGAAAAAGCAUAUUGACCGAUCCCGUAUUUAUAUUAGUCUCAUUUCUAUUGACUGCAUCUCCACCGGCCAUUCAACUAACUCAAUUGACCCAAUUAAACGAGUUUUUCGAAUUUGAAAUUGUCAAUGUGCUCUUUUGGACAUACGUUGUCAUGACCCUUCCGGUGACGAUACUAAUGGUGACAAUCGCUUUGAGAGUGAUGGAUUGGGCAAGUCAAUGA